AGUGAGGAGGACAAGUGGCCGAUGUACAUGAGGGAGACACGACUGCAGCGGCGGGACUGGGUCUGCUUCUGUCGGAGAAUGCCACUGCUGCAAGGAACCUCUGCGUUAUCCUCCAGCUGUAAACAGUCGGUCGCUCCUCUCGUCAAGUACCACAUCUUCAACCUCGAGUCCUAAUUCUUUUCGGGGGUGGGGGUGAGGUGAUCGUCUCGUCAAAACAACCUCCAGGCAGGAUGCCCCCCGUGACGAACCACCACCACCAGCCGCCCGCCAGCGGAGCGGUUCUGACCCACACCAACGUUACCAUGGGGUCCUUCAAGAGGAGGAAGAAGAAAUCCAUCACUGUGACGGUGAUGCUGCUGAUCGUCUCCAUCCUCAUCCUCAUCUUCGGCCUGGCCGCCACCACCAGGACCCAGAACAUCACCGUGGGGGGCUAUUACCCAGGGGUCAUCCUGGGGUUCGGCUCCUUCCUAGGAAUCAUCGGGGCUCAUCUGAUCGAGAACAAGAGGCAGAUGCUGGUGGCGUCCAUCGUCUUCAUCAGCUUCGGCGUGGUGGCGGCGUUCUGCUGCGCCAUCGUGGACGGGGUGUUCGCCGCCAGGCAUAUCGACCUGCGCCCGCUCUACGCAGGCCGCUGCGACUUCCACUCCAGUGAAACCUCAUCCGAGCGUGACGUGCCAUGUCCCACGCCCUCCAAGAUGUCCUGCAAGCUGAAGGUGAAGGGAAACACCUGCUACUGCUGUGACCUCUACAAGUGUGGGAAGGCGAGCCGCGUGGAGGUGAUCGGGGGCUACCACGAGUACGUGGACGUGAAGAGCUGCCAGGACGUGGUGCACCUCUACCACCUGCUGUGGUCCGCCACCAUCCUCAACAUCGUGGCGCUGUUCCUGGGCAUCAUCACCGCCGCCGUGCUGGGCGGCUUCAAGGACAUGAUCCCUAACCCGGCCUCAGACGCGUGUGAGCCAGAGGCCCUCCCGGCCCCGGCCCCCUCCCAGCCCGCCGCCCCCAGCACCUAUCUCAGCUCCUACUACAGCACCACCCCCUGCCUGCCGCCCUACACCGCCUACGACCUGCAGGGCUCGAGCACCCUGCCCGACUCCUCGGGGCUGUCCGACGAGUCCCAGUCGGGGGCCAGCCACAUGUGGCCCACCAUGGUGCCCCCCCGAUACUCCCCCCCGCACUUCCCCCCCGACGAGAAGCCGCCGCCCUACAGCCCCUGACAGCCCACCGGCGCUGUGGGCUGGGGG